AGCCGUCCGCCUCGUCUUCCCUCUCCCUCAGCAUCGCACUGGCGGCGCGCGUUACAAGAGGAUCCACCCCCCGCGCGGAAUAACGCUCACCGCCGACACGUUCGUGCGUGGAGAUUCGUGGAAGACAUCUAAAAUAACCAACCGCGCACCCGGCUUCGGAGAAGCACCAGCUGGGCACCGGCGGCUGGAGGGGUCGGCUAGCUAGCCGGCUAGCCGGCUACGUUCUAUUAGCCGGGGAGACUCGGUCAAUCAUCUCGCUCGGUCUCACAACACCGGGGCCGGUCAAUAAGUGACAGCCCGCAGAUGGACUGAGAUGUGGAAGGCGGAACUGCUGCACCCCAAUAGGAGAGAGCCCCUCUGAGAUUGUGCUGACGAGUCAGCUGAUCUGUGAGUGAGCUGGAGGACAGCAAGAAAGAUGCCUCCCAGGCCAUCCUCUGGGGAGCUAUGGGGGAUCCACCUGAUGCCUCCCAGGAUCCUGGUGGACUGCCUGUUACCAAAUGGGAUGAUUCUUACACUAGAGUGUCUCCGUGAAGCCACGCUCAUCACCAUCAAACAUGAACUGUUCAAGGAGGCCAGGAAAUACCCCCUGCACCACCUCCUGCAGGAGGAGACCUCCUACAUCUUUGUCAGUGUUACACAGGAGGCAGAACGGGAGGAAUUCUAUGAUGAAACCAGGAGACUGUGUGACCUCAGACUCUUCCAGCCCUUCCUCAAGGUCAUUGAACCAGUUGGCAACCGAGAAGAGAAGAUCCUCAACAGAGAGAUUGGUUUUGCCAUCGGCAUGCCAGUGUGUGAGUUUGACCUGGUGAAAGACCCUGAGGUUCAGGACUUCAGAAGAAACAUCCUCAAUGUGUGCAAAGACUCAGUAGAACUGAGAGAUGUCAGUGGGCCACACAGCAGAGCGCUCUACGUCUACCCGCCCAAUGUAGAGUCUACCCAGGAACUACCCAAACACAUCUACAGCAAACUGGACAAAGGUCAGAUUAUCGUAGUGAUCUGGGUGAUUGUUUCUCCUAACAAUGACAAACAGAAAUACACUUUGAAGAUCAACCACGACUGUGUACCUGAACAGGUCAUCGCUGAAGCCAUUCGUAAGAAGACACGCAGCAUGUUGCUGUCCCCGGAGCAGCUGAAGAUGUGUGUUCAGGAGUACCAGGGCAAAUACAUACUCAAAGUCUGUGGCUGUGAUGAGUACCUGUUGGAAAAAUACCCCAUUAGUCAAUAUAAGUAUAUCCGUAGUUGCAUCAUGCUGGGCAGGAUGCCUAACCUGAUGCUAAUGGCUAAGGACAGCUUGUACACCCAGUUGCCGAUGGAUACCUUUGUUAUGCCAUCUUACUCACGCCGAAUCUCCACUGCAACGGCCUACAUGAAUGGCGAGGCGGCCUCCAAGUCUCUUUGGACCAUCAACGGAAGUCUCCGGAUUCGGGUCCUCUGUGCCACGUAUGUCAACGUCAACAUACGGGACAUAGACAAGAUCUAUGUGAGGACAGGCAUCUAUCACGGAGGAGAGCAGAUGUGUGACAAUGUUAACACACAAAGAGUCCCCUGCUCUAACCCCAGGUGGAACGAGUGGCUGACCUAUGACAUGUACAUCCCAGAUAUCCCACGUGCUGCCAGACUCUGCCUUUCUAUCUGCUCGGUCAAGGGCAGGAAAGGGGCCAAGGAGGAACAUUGUCCACUGGCUUGGGGAAAUGUCAACCUGUUUGACUACACCCACACGCUGGUGGCCAACAAGAUGGCUCUCAACCUCUGGCCUGUCCCCCACGGCCUUGAAGACCUGCUCAACCCCAUAGGAGUCACUGGAUCCAACCCCAACAAGGAAACACCUUGUCUGGAGCUGGAGUUUGAUCACUUUAGCAGCCCAGUGAAAUAUCCAGAUAUGACCUUUGUAGAGGAGCAUGCAAACUGGACCAUCUCCAGGGAACUUGGAUUCAACUACAACCUCUCUGGACAGAGUAACCGUGUGGCCAGGGACCAUGCCCUGACGGAGAGCGACAUAGAGCAGCUGAGACAGCUGAGCAACAGGGACCCUCUGUCUGAAAUCACUGAGCAGGAGAAAGACUUCCUUUGGAGACACAGGCACUACUGCAUGAACAUCCCUGAGAUCCUUCCCAAGAUCCUUCUGGCUGUCAAAUGGAACUCUAGAGAUGAAGUAGCACAGAUGUACUGUCUACUAAAGGAGUGGCCAUCCAUCCGUCCAGAACAGGCCAUGGAACUGUUGGACUGCAACUAUCCAGACCCCAUGGUCAGACAUUUUGCUGUCCGCUGCCUUGACAAAUACCUGACAGACGACAAACUGUCCCAGUACCUCAUUCAGCUUGUACAGGUGUUAAAGUAUGAGCAGUACCUCGACAAUCCUCUGGUGCGCUUCCUGCUCAAAAAGGCACUAACCAAUCAAAGGAUAGGACACUUCUUCUUCUGGCAUCUCAAGUCUGAGAUGCACAAUAAGACGGUGAGUCAGCGGUUUGGGCUGCUCUUGGAAUCUUACUGUAGGGCCUGUGGCAUGUACCUCAAACACCUGAGCAGGCAGGUGGAAGCCAUGGAGAAGCUCAUCAACCUCACCGACAUCCUCAAACAAGAAAAGAAGGAUGAGACGCAGAAGGUCCAGAUGCGGUUUCUAGUGGACCAGAUGAAGAGGCCGGAUUACAUGGACGCUCUGCAAAAUUUUACCUCUCCGCUCAAUCCUGCACAUCAGCUUGGAAACUUAAGGUUAGAUGAAUGCAGGAUUAUGUCGUCAGCAAAGCGCCCCCUGUGGUUGAACUGGGAGAACCCUGAUAUCAUGUCAGAACUGCUCUUUCAGAACAACGAGAUCAUCUUCAAAAAUGGAGACGAUCUGCGUCAGGAUAUGCUGACUCUGCAAAUCAUACGUAUCAUGGAGAACAUUUGGCAGAACCAAGGACUGGACCUACGGAUGCUGCCAUAUGGCUGUUUGUCGUUAGGAGACUGUGUGGGGCUCAUUGAGGUGGUUCGCAGCUCCCACACCAUUAUGCAGAUCCAGUGUAAAGGCGGCCUGAAGGGGGCGCUACAGUUCAACUCAAACACGCUACACCAAUGGCUGAAGGACAAAAACAAGGGCGAGAUGUAUGACAUGGCUGUGGAUCUGUUCACAAGGUCUUGUGCUGGCUACUGUGUAGCUACCUUUAUCCUCGGCAUAGGAGACAGACACAACAGCAACAUUAUGGUCAAGGAUGAUGGACAGUUGUUCCAUAUAGAUUUUGGCCACUUCCUGGAUCACAAGAAGAAGAAGUUUGGCUACAAGAGAGAGAGGGUCCCCUUCGUACUGACUCAAGACUUCCUCAUUGUCAUCAGCAAGGGGACUCAGGAGUGCACCAAGACCAGGGAGUUUGAGAGGUUCCAGGAGAUGUGUUAUAAAGCCUAUCUGGCCAUCCGGCAGCAUGCAAACCUCUUCAUCAACCUCUUCUCGAUGAUGCUGGGCUCUGGCAUGCCUGAGCUGCAGUCCUUUGAUGAUAUUGCUUACAUCAGAAAGACGCUAGCCUUGGAGAAGACUGAGCAGGAGGCGUUGGACUAUUUUAUGAAGCAGAUGAAUGACGCUCACCAUGGCGGAUGGACCACCAAGAUGGACUGGAUAUUCCACACAAUCAGACAGCAUGCACUAAACUAAUAUGCUGCAUACACAACAGUCCACAGACUCUAAAGAGACCAGUUCCGGCUGUCUAUCCUUUUACCAUAGAAGAGCAUCCACACUAACCCUUACUGCUAAUACCGGGACUUGUUCAUCCAUUGAGGGGAUUUUUCGCCAUUUUGUUUGACAGCAUUAAGACUUUUUUGUUACGCAGCCAUCCCUUUCAUUUUAAGAGGUUUCCUGUUCGCCUGCAUUUUUCUCAUUAUUACCUCCCUUUAUGUGUCGUCCUGCUCCUCUGGACCUAAGAGAGAGCGUCACUGUGUAGACAUCUCCUCCGCUCACCUCUGCUAGCGUUGGCUAGGCUGUUACCUCUAAUGCAGGUGACCGGAUUCUUCUCCUCUAAAGCACUAAAAGACAGGAACGAACAGGUGACCCAGGAUGUGUUAACCCCGACCCUGCGGCUCGCUGUGGAAGAGUACAGACUGAAGGAAGGGAAGAGUGAAAUGAAAAUCCCAUCUAACUAGCUACAUGUGUGGCGGCUGUCAGCAUCCAGCCAGACACUGCAUUUGCUGCACUACUUUUAUGACGCUGCUAUCAUGUGGCUGUUUGGAGAAUUCAGAUUUUGUUCCGUUUUCAGCCCUCUGAAGACGAGGGCACAAGGAGAAGUUUUGACUGAUUUGCCAACUACCAACUUUACUUGAACCGUCAAGGUGUGCGUUCACAGCGGGGGAGUACAUGAACGCCGCCCGUGUGAGCUGACUUAAGAUCAGCUUCCUCCCCUCCUUUGCUAACCAGAGCCAGUUGUGAGGAAGUUUCGAAGCUGAACGAAACAAAACACCAGAGCAGUGUCUAGGGGGCAGUUUCACCCUCCUUCAAAUGCCCCCGCUGUCUCCACGUGACAGCACUGCCCCCUCGGGAACAUUGGUUGGUGGUGCAGCUUUUCGACUGAAUUAUAAAAACUGCUGGGUGACGAUGCCUCACCAUCACAUACAGCACUUAAAAAACAUCAGAGUAAUAUACAGAUUUACUAUGACUUUUAACAUGUAUGUAUCUAGUCUCUUUCAGUUUCUACAAUGACAAACGCUAACUCAACCUCUAC